AUGCUCUUGAUCGGCCUGACUGGGUCCAUCGCGACCGGCAAGUCAACCGUCUCGUCCAUCCUCACAUCCUCGCCAUAUAACCUGCCCAUCGUUGAUGCCGACCUGCUGGCACGCAAGGUCGUAGAGCCCGGGACUGCUGGCUACAAGGCCAUUGUAAAAUACUUUGGUCCUACGACGCCUGACCUGCUGGUGGAGCCCUCAGACUCGAUUCCAGAAAAUGGUGUCGACGGCAAGGGGCGGCCACUCAACCGGCCCGCGCUAGGCAAGCGAGUGUUUGGCGACAGCGAGGAGAGGAAGAAGGACCGGGGUGUCCUCAACGGCAUUGUGCACCCUGCAGUCCGCAAGGAGAUGUACAUGUCGCUGCUCUGGUGCUACCUGACCGGCCACCGGGCGGUAGUGCUCGAUGUUCCCCUGCUGUUCGAGAGCGCACUGGACAGGAUGUGCGGCGUGGUCAUGGUGGUUGCCGUCAGAGACCCCGAGGUGCAGAUGAAGAGACUCAUGGAGCGCGACUCCCACCUCAGCCGCGAGGACGCCCAGAACCGCGUGCUCAGCCAGACAGACGUGCGGCUCAAGGCAAGGAGAUGCGAGGCCCGGGGCAAGGGAAAAGGCGUCGUGGUGUGGAAUGACGGGUCCAAGGCCGAGCUGAAGGCCAAUAUCGACAAUGCGAUCCAGGAGAUCCAACGGAGCAGCCCGGGCUGGUGGAACUGGUUGCUGCUGUUCUGCCCACCCCUGGCUGUCAUGUCUGGGGCGUGGACGUUUUGGCGGAAUGUGCAGAUAAAUAAGACGUGGAAAGAGCUGGAAUUGAAAGAGAAAGCCAAGCUUUGA